AUGGGAGCUUAUGGAAAUAUACCUGCAGAACCUGAAAAAUCAUAUGGACCUGUAUUUUAUGAAAUGGUUGCGAACGCCUGCAAUACAAACAAUGAUAUGAUAGGAUUUAAUGAAGAUGUUAUGAGGUCAUUGGUGGAUGAUGGUAGUGUGGAACAUAAAUGGGAUAGCUAUGACAACACACAUUUCUUAUGUGGUUUUCCAACAGAAGUGGACUUUUGCUUCCAGCAAGGUCAAACAUCUACUGCUCCAAUAACAUACAAAUUGUCUGUUAAAGGACCUAUUGAACUAGCAACUGAAAAUGUACCAAAGCCACUUAUUGGAUUUAUGAGGGAUUGUUGCUUUGCCAUUCAGGUGCGUGCUAAUGGAAUCCCAAUAAUAAGAUUAGAUGACUAUAACUUAGCUACGGACGACAGUGAGGAAUAA